GGGACGGAGGGACCAUUGGCAGCACUGCGACGAUGCUCCUUUCCAGAUGGUAUCUCCGGUGACUAAUACGCAACCAUACGCGAUUAGAGUGCAUUGCUUACUACGAAGAGGAGGAGCGUUUCAAACGACCCAUUUCAUGAAACGCGUGAAAUGAGCAUCCCUUGAGUCGCAUUUCCCCUCUCGACAUCGUCGUCUGUCGCGAUUGUUUACCGCAGAGAGAAGCAAUGCCGACUUGUCGCCGCCGAUCACCUUCUCCUUCAGCUCGAGGCAGCUCUCGAGGAUAGUCAAGUAACACCUUCUCGUCCGAGGUCGUCGCGUGACUGCAAUCGAGAUCCGCACACAUUUCUCACACGGCCACGCGAUUCAGACAAUUGAAGAAGUGAUCAGAGAGAAAUAAUACAAAUCCUAAGUUGUGUUAAGAAAACUACAUCAUGACGGAAUACAAGCUUGUGGUAGUUGGAGCUGGAGGUGUUGGAAAGUCUGCUUUAACCAUUCAACUCAUACAGAAUCAUUUUGUCGAUGAGUAUGACCCAACAAUCGAAGACUCAUAUCGAAAACAAGUAGUGAUCGAUGGUGAAACGUGCCUUCUCGAUAUAUUAGACACAGCUGGACAAGAAGAAUAUAGUGCAAUGAGAGAUCAGUAUAUGAGGACAGGCGAAGGAUUUUUAUUAGUGUUUGCCGUAAACUCGGCUAAAAGUUUUGAGGACAUUGGAACGUAUAGGGAACAAAUAAAACGAGUGAAAGAUGCGGAAGAAGUUCCAAUGGUUUUAGUGGGAAAUAAGUGUGAUCUUCAACAGUCUUGGGCGGUAAACAUGACUCAAGCGAGAGAGGUCGCGCGACAGUAUGGUGUGCCAUUUGUAGAAACUUCUGCGAAAACGAGAAUGGGUGUAGACGAUGCAUUUUAUACUUUGGUCAGAGAAAUACGAAAAGAUAAAGAACGUACAGGUAAACCACCUGGAAGUAGUGGACACAAGAAACGUCGAUGCUUUAUUUUAUAAGUCUUUGGAUAACACCAAUUUACUUUUACUCGACUACUACGCGUAAAUAAGAUAUGAAAAGCCUUACAUUAUGUUCACAGCACAAACAUUUACAGCUUAUCCUAUAGAAUAUUGUAAUGAUUGCAAGCACAAUUUUUUCUAUACAUAGAGAGAGAGAGAGAGAGAGAGAGAGAACAAAUUACCUAAUAGUACGUUUUUACUAAUGGGCUUAUGUUGCAUAUAAGAAUGUUUAACUUGGCAGCUUGCCAUGCAAUUCCAUAACUGAAGCGUCUUAACCCUUGAUUGAAUAAGAUGAUAUUGAAUAACAUUGAUCUUUUUAAUUACAAUA